GGUAUGUUACCCCCCAGCCCUAUAGGGGAUGUGGGGUGUGCUGCCCCACCCCAAAUCCCUGUGGGGUGUGGGGGGGUGUUACUAACCCCAAAUCCCUCUUGGGGGUGUCGGCUGUGUUACCCCCCUCCCCAAUUCCCUGUGGGGCACACGGGGGGUCCCUCUCCCAGAGACUGCUCCAUGUGCCCCAAACCUGCCAAAUUCCCACUUUCCACCCCUUUCUGUCUCCAGGACGUUCAAGCCUCAUCACCUCUGCUCUCCAGUUUGGGGGUGUCCCCCCACCUGUGACACCCCCCCAAGAUGAAAACCUGGAUCAGCAAUUCGGACGAAAACCUGGAAGUUUUCAUCCCGUUCCUGGGAAAAUAUCACCGUCCGUUUUUGGGGCGCUGCUGCCAGACCUGCACCCCCAGGAGUUGGGAUGGAUUCUAUGCCGAGGAUCUCUCCACUCUGGGAUUCCGUGACAUCAGCCGUGUGACGGAGAGGGACACACGGUUCCGGGGGUGGCUGGUCCGGAGGGUCUGCGGAUUCCUCGCCUCCUGGGAAUGGGAAAUUCCAUCGGAGACCCCCAGGGAGCUCCCAGGGAAGAUCUGCGGCAGCAGGAGGGUGCAGGAUGUUGCCUCCAGCCGGGCCCAUGGAUGCGGAGGGGAUGAGGGAUCCCGGUGGCACUGGAAGGAGGAGAUCUGCCGGAUCCUGGGGGAAAUCCAGGCACCGCUGUCCCCUCUCCUGCUGAGAUCUCUGGGGUUAUCCCUGGGGAGUGGUGUUCCCCCAAAUCCCCCUCAGCCCCUCGGGAUGGCCGCGUGUCUCCGGGCAGCGUUCCAGGCCCUGCGCCGGCCCCGUGGCUGUGCCCGGGUGGAUUUCUCCCAGCCCUUCUCCUUACAGGAAUUUGUGGAGAACAACCUGGUGGGGCCGACGCUCAGAGGGAAUCGGCCGGAGCAGCUGCUGCUUCCCACCAUCCUUGGCCCCGUGCCAGAUGCGGGGAAUGUGGGCACUUUGGGUGCCGGUGUGGGGACAGAAGAGGAGAUUUUGGUGACGGCGCUGGGGCUGCACACACUGAGCGAUUCCAGCGCCUGCUCCGCCAUCAUGGCUGUGGGAAUCACCGCGGCGCUGCUGCUCCACAGGCACCGGGAGGUGGAUAAGGAGUGGGGACACGGGUGGCCUGUCACCCCUCUCCUGUGUCCCCAGCCCUGCCAGCCUCCCGAGCGCCACAGCCUGGACAUCCUGGACAAGCUCGUCCUUGGGGGGCUGCUGGAGGAGGAGGAGCCUGAGAGCGAGUGCAGGGGCUGCGACGUGGCCCCCCGACCCUCGUCCCGGGGCCAUUCCUGCUGGGACUUCACCGAUGACAGCGACAGUGACAGCGACGACAGGGUCCCCAAGCGCUGCUACAAGCUCAGCGAGCCCCAGGGCUUCCCCGGCUUCCUCCUCUUCCUCUGCCGCCUCCUGAGCCCCGUCCUGCGGAGCUACGGCCGGGCUGUGGAAUUCCUGGAGAGACCCCCCUGGCCCCAGCCCGAGGCAGACUACGUGGAGGCGCUGCUGGAAUUCCUGGAUGAGGAUGAGGAUGGGUAUCCUGACAGGAGCCUGGCCCUGAGCUCCCUGCAGAGCUUCAAGGACAUGGGGGUGCUGGAGGAGCUGCAGACCCCCACUGGACCCCUCCUCCAGCUCUCCCAGCCUUUCCAGUCUGCUUCCAACCGGGAGAAGUUGAGAGCCUUCAUUCACCAGUUCACCCAGUUGUAACCCCCCGCCCCAGAGUCAUAAAUGGGCCCAGGGACCUGAUGCCUCGUGGAUUUAUUGGUCCCGGGGGGUGGGGGGGAGGUUCUGUCUCUCCUUCCCUCACCUGGGAUGGAAAAUUCCAUCAUUUCUGGUGGUGGUGCCCAAGACAGCUCCAACCAGCACAUUUCCCCCCAGCCCUUCUCUGCUCACUAACAGCAGGUCCAGUUUUCAGUAAAAACACUGGGAUAAAUCAAACUCUCUAACGCUAUUUUUUUAGUAUUAGAAAGCAGGCAUUAGUUUAGUCACAGUGUUGGGG